AUGGUGGUCCAUAGGGAGAAACAGUUUUGUUGUGAUACAUGUGGCACGUUUUUUGCCACAAUAACAUACCUCAAAAACCAUCAGAGGGUUCACACAGGUGAGAGACCUUAUGUAUGUGGCAUAUGUGGGAAAGGUUUUGGUCGAGCAAGUCGGUUGGCGAGCCACCAACGUGUUCACUCAGGUGAGAAACCGUACACCUGCUCUGUGUGCGGCCGAGCUUUUAAUCAGGCUGCGAAUCUUAGGAGACAUCACAGAACGCACACAGGUGUCAAGCCAUUUAAAUGUGAGAUUUGCAAUAAGUGCUUCACAUGUAAUGAGACUCUGAAAGUACACCUUAGUGCUCACUCUGGCAUCCGUAUUAAACGACCCAGACGGAAGACUGUUAAUGGUGAUAUUGCAAAAGUUCCAUGUGAAUACUGUGGAAGACUUUUCAACUACAAGAGCUCCCUCUACGUUCAUCGCCGUACACACACAGGUGAAAGACCAUAUAGCUGUAUGGAUUGUGGAAAGACUUUUGCACAGAAGGGAUCUCUAAAAUUACAUAAGGUCGUACAUUCAGGUGAAAAGGCCUUCAGCUGUGAUCUGUGUGGAAAACGUUUUGGCCUUGCUUCUACUCUAAAAACACAUAUGCGGACGCACACAGGGGAAAAGCCAUUUGUUUGUGAUAAAUGUGGAAAAUGUUUUUCACAGCAAGGGCAUCUUAAAGCGCACCACCGAAUGCAUGCUAAGAUUAAACCAUGUACCUGUGAUGUUUGUGGCAAGAGUUAUGCUGAUAGAAGAAAUCUGAAGUUGCACAAGUGUGUUCCUAGCUAA